AUGUGCUGUAUCACUUUCAAAUCCUGGCCGCCGGGCUUAGCCAUGGAAACAGGUCCCGGCUGUGAAGAAUCAGAGAGCAGUCAAGAAACGGCCAGAACAGACCAGCAACACUGUGCCAGUGCCUCCAGCCAGUGGUCCCAAGAGUGCAAAACUAUGAUGAGGGCAUCCCAAAUGGAAACCUAUGAUGUGGACACCAAAAGUGAAGCUAAAGUGAUGGCCACUGACGUGGCAGGGGAUGACUGUGAAGAGGAGUUUUCAAAGGAGCAUUCACAGGAUUUGGGACCUGUUCUAUUUAUUCUCUGCUCUCUCUGGGUCCUUGCUGAGUUCAUCCUGUUAGGCAUCCCCCACACAGAGGGGCAGAAAAUUGUGUGCUUUGUCAUGUUUGUGAUCUUCUACCUCUGCAUGCUGCUAGGAAAUCUGCUCAUCCUCUUAGCUGUGAUGUCUGAUUCCCACCUCAACAUGCCUAUGUAUUUCUUUCUUUGUAAUCUCUCUGCGUUGGACAUUGGUUUCUCUUCUGUGAGCACUCCAAAGAUGCUGGCCAACUUGCUGGUGAGAACCCAAGUCAUCUCCCUGGGAGGUUGCAUGUGCCAGGUCUUUUUUUUUUUUUUUUUUUUUUUUAACCACUUCCUAGACAGUACUGAGUGCCUGCUCUACGUGGUAAUGGCCUACAAUCGUUUUGCUGCCAUCUGUUACCCACUGCGCUACACCAUCAUCAUGAGCCGCCAGGUGUGUGUCCUCAACUGGUUUACUAGCUCCUUUCAUGCGGCAAUUCUCACUUCAUUGACCUUCCAACUGCCAUAUUGUAAUUCUAAUGAGGUGGACUAUUUCUUUGGUGACAUCUUCCCUGUAGUCAGAUUAGCAUGUGAUGACACCCUUAUCAUCGAGACAGUGAGCUUCGCCAACAUUGGUCUUGUGUCCAUGACCUGCUUCCUUCUCAUCCUUGCCUCCUGCAUCCUCAUCGUCACUGCAGUCCUGAAGAUACACUCUGCUGAAGAGAGACACAAGGCGGCCCCUACCUGUGUUUCCCACCUCUCCGGGGUCACACUGUUCUUUGGACCCUGUGCCCUCAUCUGUACCCAGCCAUUUUUGAGUGAUGUUCUGGUAACCCCGGUACAGAUCUUUGUCAAUGUAGUCACCCCCAUGCUGAACCCUACAAUCUAUACCCUGAGAAACAAAGAUGUCAAGGGAGUUCUGAAAAAGAUGACUGGGGGCCAGAUUGUUUCAGAAGGAGGUCACUAG